AUGUUUAAAACAAAACUAUAUGAAUUUUUGGAAAAAAAUACAAAAACAUCAAAUAUUGAUGUAUUAAGUGAUUACAGAAUUGGUAUUGAAGCAAAACCAUGGUUAUUAAAAUUACCAGUUCAAGAACCAUUUCAAAUAACAAUGGGUGGUUUACCAUUAACAUUAGUUGAUACAUUAGAAAAAGAAUUAAAUAAAUUUAAAAAAGCAAAUAUUAAACCAUUCUUUUUAUUCAAUGGUCUUAGUGUAUUAAAAGAAAGAUUCGCACAAACUAAUCAACGUUCUCAAAAAUUAUCAACUGCAUGGGAUGCUUAUUAUAGAGCACAAUAUUCUUCUGCUGAAAAAUGUUUUCAAGAUUCUGAAAAGAAUUUAUUAUUAUCAUUCAUACAUUUUAUAAUUCAAUAUUUUAAACAAAAAGGUAUUGAAUUUUUUGAAGCACCAUAUUUUGCAGGACCACAAUUAGCAUUAUUUUCAGAACCAUCCCAAAAGAAUUAUUUGAAUGCAGUUUAUGGAUCACAAGAAUUAUUAUUAUAUGGUGUAUACCGUUUAAUCACUGAUAUCGAUUAUGAAAAAGGUUCAUACACUUGGGUAGAUUUAAAAUCAAUUUUAUAUGAUUUAGGUAUAACUCAUGAUCAAUUCAUUGAUGCAUGUUUAUUAUGUGGUUUUGAAUAUUGUCAACAAUUACCAUUCUUAAAUUCACCACAAGGAAGAGAUUGUACAUUUAAAACUGUUUGUGAUAUGGUUAAAGCUUAUCAUAAUGGUAUUGAAACAAUUAGAGCUUAUUUACCACCAAUGAGUCCACAAUAUGAAAAUUAUAUGGAACAAUUUAUUAAAACUAAAUGUUUAGUUCAUAAUCAUUUACUCUUUUAUUCAUCAAAUGUUUGUGAACCACUUUUCAAAGAUAUUUAUUAUAGAAAUGAAAAGAUAAUGAAAAAUACUAAUAUCAAUAAUACAAAUAAUUAUGAAAAUUAUAAUGAUGAUGAUGAUGAUGAUGAUGAUGAUGAUGAUGAUGAUUAUUAUUAUGAUAAUUACAUAUUAUAUAGACCAUACUUUUUAAAUCAAAUUUUUGGACCAAGAUUACCAAAUGAUGUUUAUUUUUAUAUUUCACAAGGUGUAGUUAGUCCGCAAGUUAUCAAUAAUUUUAUUAGUGGUGUUUUAGCAGAACCAUUCCCAACUAUUGAAUCAGAGGAGUAUUGUAAAAUGUUGGAUUAUUUAAAGAAUGUUAGAACAAAAACUUUAGGUUUACUUUCAAUUUGUUUAAAUGAUGAUUUAAAACAUAAACCAGUUAAAACAGUUAGAUGGUUCGAACCAAAAGAAUUUGAUAUGCCACAUACUACAAGUUUACAUGAAUAUCAAGAAUUCACAAAUGGUUACAUUAAAGUACCAUCUGAUAUUAUUACAACAAUUCAAAAUUUAGCUAAGGAAAACACAGGUACUGGUAGUGCUGUUUCAUUUGGCUUAGUUUCAAAAUAUUUUGAUACUUUAUAUACACCUGAACAAUUAUCACCAAUUAGAGAUAUUAAUGAAGGUAUUUUUAUAACAUUAGCACAAACUAUGAGUAUGAUGGGAUAUUUCAAUAAUGUUAGUAAUGAUCCCUCAAAGAAAACUUUGAAAUAUAGUCAAUUUUUAGAAAAUGUUUCAAAUACUAAAUUACAAGAACCAACUUUACUUUUAAUUGAAUUAUUAAGAUCUGGUUCUUUUACUUUUGAAAGAUUAAAUUUUAUUCCAAAACCAACUUUUGAUGGUCCACCUUCAAAACCAUCUGUUUUCAUAAUCUCUCGAGUUUUAAGUUUAAUUCCAAGUCAAUUGGAUAAUACACCAUGGGGUGGACCAAUUGAUCAUGAUUUAAUGGGUUUCCAUGAAAUUACACGUACUCUUUACAAAUCAUUAAGAAAUUUUAUUGAAAUGACUGCAUUAUCUCACUUUUUAACUCAUAGAAUUGUAUUACCACCACCAGAGUACUUUACAUUUUCAACAAGAUUACCAUUUUUCCUUCAACCAAGUUCAAGUAUGGGUCUUUUAGUUAAAGGUCUUUUAUUAGAGAAUUUAUCAUUGGAACAAUUGGAAGAGAUUUUCCCAAAUUUCACAAAUAUCAAAGAGGAUUUGGCUUUAGCUUCUCAAUUUUGGGAUACUGCAUUUAAGAUUGUCACCACCAUUCACAACGAAGGUAACAUUAUUAGCAAAACAAUUUAUGAAGCUUUUGUUGAAGCAGACAAAGAAUGGAGAGAAAUAAUGAAAAACUUUAAUUAG